AUGGACAAGAUCCUGGAGGGGCUGGUGAGCUCGUCUCACCCGCUGCCGCUAAAGCGGGUGAUUGUGCGGCGGGUGGUGGAGUCGGCGGAAACGCCGCUGAGCCAGGCGCAGUGCCGCGCUAUGUUCGCCCUCAGCACCCGGCUGGUGCUGCAGGGCCUCGACCCCUUCCAGCGGCAGGUGGGGCGGCAGGUGCUGGAGGCCUAUGGUCGCUACCACCGCGACGAGUUCGAGGCCUUCUUCAACCGCGGGCUCGUCCUUGGCCUGCUGCAGCGGGGCUACGGCGAGCUGAGCAACCGCGACCCCGCCAUCCUUGACUACAUCCAGGCGGGGCUGCGCCUUAUCAUGAGCUGCCCCGCGGUGCUAGAGCUCUUCGAGCUGCUGCAGGUGGAGGCGCUGCGUCUGGUGUGCGAGCGGCCGCCGCCGCCGCUCUGCGCCCGCCUCUGCCAGCUGCUGGGCGACUUUCCGCAGUGUCUGCCCCGCGGCAGGAAGCUCUCGCUCGCCUUCUGCCAGCAACUUGUGCGCAGCAUCGCCCAUUUCCAGAGCCAAGGCACCCGGGAGCCCGAGCUGCGCCUCUACGUCUCGCAGGUGACCCAGGUCAGCGGGCUUCUGCGCAGUGUCUGGAAAGCCGAACCCGACACGCUGCUGCCUUCCCUGCAGGAGCUCUUCGCUAUCAUCUCUGCCGCCGAUACUUCAUUUGAACCUUCUGUUGCACUGGCAAGUCUUGUGCAGCACAUACCAUUACAGAUGAUUACUGUACUCAUCAGGAGCCUUACUACAGAUCCAAAUGUGAAAGAUGCAAGUAUGACUCAAGCUCUGUGCAGGGUGGAUGAAGAAAAAGGCUGUGUAGAAACAAAGAGGAAGCCAAACUGA